AUGACUUUCGUCCAAGGAUUCAAACCAGAAGCUCUAGCUGACACCGACUUAUUCAAGCCAAUCAAGGUCGGUAACACCGAAUUGCAGAACCGUAUUGUUAUGGCUCCAUUGACCAGAAUGAGAGCUCCAAAUCACGUUCCAAACACUGAAUUAGUUUCUGAAUAUUACGACCAACGUUCUAAGAGAGCUGGUACCAUGAUCAUCACUGAAGGUAUCUUCACCUCUCCUCAAGCUGGUGGGUACCCAGAUGCUCCAGGUAUUUACACCAAGGAACAAAUUGCCGAAUGGAAAAAGAUCUUCGCCAAGAUUCACGAAAACAAGUCCUUCGUUUGGGCUCAAAUGUGGGUCCUUGGUAGACAAUCUUUGGCUGAUACCUUAGCCAAGGAAGGUUUACGUUAUGACUCUGCCACUGAUGAUUUGUAUUUGGAUGAUGAAAGAAAGGAAAGGGCCAUUAAGUCUAACAACCCACAACAUGGUAUCACCAAGGAUGAAAUCAAGCAAUACAUCAAGGACUAUGUUGAAGCUUCCAAGAACGCAAUCGCUGCUGGUGCAGAUGGUGUUGAAAUUCACAGUGCUAACAGUUAUUUGUUGAACCAAUUCUUAGACUCCAAGUCUAACAACAGAACUGAUGAAUAUGGUGGAUCUAUUGAAAACAGAGCUCGUUUCACUUUAGAAGUUGUCGAUGCUGUCGUUGCCGCCGUUGGUGCAGACAAAGUUGGUGUUAGAUUCUCCCCAUGGGGUAUGUACGGUGGUAUGUCCGGUGGUGCUAACCCAUUGACCCUUGCUGAAUACAGUUACGUUAUUGGUGAAUUGGAAAAGAGAGCAACUGAAGGUAAGAGAAUUGCUUACAUUCAUUUGGUUGAGCCAUGUCCACCAAAUGUUUGGGAUGACAAGCCAGAAUUGAGAAACACUAAGGGUUCCAAUGACUUCAUUUACUCAAUUUGGGAAGGUAUUGUUAUUAGAACUGGUGAAUUAGGUGACAAACCUGAAAACGCUAGAAAGAUCGCCGCUAAUCCAAACACCUUGGCUGGUUACGGUAGAAUGUACAUCUCAAACCCAGAUUUACCAGACCGUCUAGAAAAUGGAUGGCCUUUAAAUGAUUUCGAAAGAGAUCUAUUUUAUGCUAGUGGUGCUAAGGGUUACAUUGAUUACCCAACCUACAAAUAA